AUGUUCCAUGGAUUGCCAAGUGAAGACCCCAUUGACCACCUUGAUGAGUUUGAUAGGCUUUGUGAUUUGACAAAGAUCAAUGGUGUCUCUGAAGAUGCCAUCAAGCUGAGACUCUUUCCUAUGUCUCUAGCUGACAAAGCUCACCAAUGGGAGAAGAGCUUGCCCCAUGGCACAAUCACCACUUGGGAUGAAUGCAAGAAGGCCUUUCUUGCUAAGUUUUUCUCCACCGGUCGCACAGCCAAGCUUAGAGGAGAGAUAUCCAGCUUCAUCCAGCGAAACAAUGAGACAUUCGCAGAGGCUUGGGAGAGGUUCAAAGGCUACACAAGUCAGUGCCCACACCAUGGAUUCAACAAUGAAUCACUACUCUCCACUCUUUAUAGAGGAUGCUUGCCUAGGUAUAGGGAGAUGCUAGACACAGCUAGCAAUGGGAACUUCCUCAACCAGGAUGUAGAUGAUGGCUGGCAACUUGUGGAGAACAUGGCCAUAUCAACAGAAUGCUAUGGAGAGCACUAUGAAAGUACAGAUGGAGCUCGACCGCACGCUCGAUCGAGCUGGACGCUCAAAUGA